UUAUAUACCCUCAACUUCCAAAACACCAAAAACCGGCCAUUUGAACCCCCACCGGCGUCAGCAGAGCGGCGGACCCGCGAGGCCGGUUGGUACCUUUUUUUUUCUUCGUGGGGCUUUCUAUUUUACACCCAGAAUGAAAAGGGUUUUCAAUCAUGUUUCAGUUUGUAGUAGAAGUCUGAAAUUGCUGUACAAAGUUUGGUGUUGAAGUAAUAUUUUUGUGGGAAUAGUUUUUGCAUACGAAUUGUAUCAUAUUGGCAUGUUAUAGGAUAAUCAUUGUUUAAUCAAGUUUGUUGUCUUCAUGAUCGAAUUAUUUCCAAUGAUGCAACUAUCGUUGCAGCUAGUGAUCGUCAGGGAGUGAUCUACUUAUUUUCCCUUGAAUACCAAGCAAAACGCUUUAAUAUAUACUAGUUUUGAUAACAGAAUUCGAUUCCCAUCACAUGCAGACUAGUAAUUUAGACCCUGGUCCAGGUUCUGGUUGUUCCGUAUUCCUGAAACUGAUUAAGUUUCCCGGACACCCAUCAUACUAUGUCAGAACAUCAAAUGCCCCAGAAAGAGUCUUCUGGCAUGGAUUGCUUUCUAGCCAACAAAGCCUUCCUCCUGGUUCUGCUUCCACUUUGCCAAAGCUCAAUUUUUUACAUCUCUCACAAGAAGACAACUAGGCCAAACGACGUACAUCUCCUCAUUUAUGAGUCACAAAGACCACUUUUGUGUUUCUUCUUCAAAGUGAUGGAAUAGGGGAAGAUACGCGCAAGGCCUUUGCUGAUCACCUGUACACUGCCUUGAAAUCCACUGGAAUACACACAUUUAGAGAUGAUGACGAGAUCAGGAGGGGAGCAAAUAUCGCACAAGAGCUGCAAAAGGCAAUACUUGAGUCACCGGUGUCCAUAAUUGUCUUCUCCAAGAGCUAUGCUUCCUCAAGAUGGUGCCUGAACGAACUUGCAAGGAUCAUGCAACAUCACAGAGCUUAUGGACACCAGGUUUUGCCAGUUUUCUAUGAUGUGGAUCCAAAGGAUGUGAGGAAUCAGAGUGGGAGUUUUGCAAAAGCAUUUGCCAAACAUGUACUCGAGCAAAAAAUGGAUAAGGUGGAGGAGUGGCGAAGAGCACUCGGCGAUGUUGCAGACAUGGGAGGGAUGGUUUUAGGAGAUCAGUAUGAGUCACAGUUCAUCCAACAUAUUGUUCAUGAAACUCUGAAAAUGCUGAAUGACUCGUUAUUUAAAGGUUGUUCCAAUAUUGUUGGAAUGCCCUACCGUGUGCAAAAGCUGAAUAGAUGGCUGAAAGAUGGAUCAAAUGAUGUUGAUGUGGCUGUGAUAUGUGGCAUUGGUGGAAUUGGAAAGACCACAGUUGCCCGAGUUGCUUAUAACCUAAACUUUUACAGAUUUCAAGGUAGCAGCUUUCUUGAAGAUAUAGGAGGAACUUUAGAAGAAGACGAUGGUGUUCUUGACCUCCAAAAAAAACUUCUUUCAGAUAUCCAAAGGGGUGAAGAGACAGAAGCCAUAGACAUUAGCAGCCCAAAUGAAGGAAGAAGCAAGAUCAAACACGCUGUGUGUUGCAAAAGAGUUCUUAUUGUUUUUGAUGAUGUGUCCCACUCUAACCAAUUCAAUGAAAUUCUUGGAAAACGCAGAUGGUACUGUCCAGGAAGUAAACUUAUCAUUACAACUAAAGAUAAACAUUUGCUGAAAAAUCAAGAAAUUCCUCAUGCAGUAUUUGAGGUUGAAAAAUUUGAUGAGCAUGAAUCACUUGAGCUUUUUUGCUUGCGUGCCUUUGGAGAAGCCCAUCCUUUUGAAGGUUUCCAGGAGAUAUCAAGACUUGCGGUACAAUUAUCCGGAGGGCUGCCAUUAGCACUUCAUGUUUUGGCAGCAUGCCUGUCUAGAAAAAGUGUAGAUCUAUGGCAAAAAACAUUACAGAAACGCAAUCCUGCUCAUGAUGGCGGAAUCCAAAAUAUUCAAGUCAAGAUCAGUGGUGGCCAAUGGAUAACCAAGAUAUUUCUCAUUUUCUCUUUCUGUCUCCUCUUUUCUACUAUACUCAAUAAAUGGAAAACUGCUUUAGGCCCAGUUUGGUAUUAUUGCUGUGAGAAAACUUAGCUAUAAAAAUGGCAACCGUAAAAAUAAUCAGCUGUUAAUUAAAUCAGCUAUUUGUUUGGUAAAUUGUAUUUAUAAAACUGCUGUGAACAUUUUUUUUUUAGGGGAAUGAAACA